GUUUUGACAAUCGAUGUUUCUGCUCCUCUAUUGUUUGCGUGUUCAACGGGGAUUUCAUUUGCAAUUGCCGGCGCAGCUUGGCUGACUUAAACACCCAGGACGAGAUAAGACAACACAGGCAGGACGAGAUGCAGCACGGACUACUCCUCGCGGGACUGGCGCUGGUCAGCAGCCUCUCCAGCGGUGCCGCCACGGAAUCCAACGUGGUCACCUGCGGCUCCAUCCUGAAGCUACUCAACUCGGACUACUCCUUCCGCCUGCACUCCCACGACGUCAAGUACGGGUCCGGAUCGGGUCAGCAGUCGGUGACGGGCGUGGAGCAGAAGGAGGACGUGAACAGCCACUGGGUGGUUAAGGCCCAGACCGGCGAGCUGUGCGAACGGGGCGAGCCCAUCGCCUGCGGAUCCACAGUGCGGCUGGAGCACCUGACCACCAAGAAGAACCUGCACUCCCACCACUUCUCGUCGCCGCUCUCUGGCGAGCAGGAGGUGUCCGCCUACGGAACCGACGGGCUCGGGGACACCGGCGACCACUGGGAGGUGGUCUGCUCCAACGACAGCUGGAUGCGCAGUGCCCACGUGAGACUGCGCCACAUCGACACCGGCAUGUACCUGGGCAUGUCCGGCCGCUCCUACGGCAGACCCAUCUCCGGCCAAAUGGAGAUCGUGGGCGUGCACAAGCCGCAGCACGGAACGCGCUGGACCACGGCAGAGGGCCUCUUCAUCGUGCCCAAGGAGAAGAGCUCCACGCACGAGGAGUACGCCCACUCGGAGCUGUAGAUAAGGCGCCUCGACUGCUCUGUACUACUAUUAGUUCUGUAACUUAUAAUUUAGUUGAAUUUUUAUGUAAAGCUUGGCGAGUUCUUUUUAUAUUAGACCCGAAAGGCAAACCAACAAAUUAAAAUUAUUUAAAUUCAGGGAAA